AUGGCUUUUGUGUUAAGAAGAUGGAGAGUGUUAUUGGUGCUGAACGUGGUUGCGGUUGCGGGGUUCAUGACACUUUGGACCAAGUGCACCCACACCCGAGUAGCAAAAACCAUCGGUCAGGACGAUGUGAAAAGACAAUCACGAUCUAACGGCACUGCUCAAGGUUUGAGCAUCAGUCAUGAAGUAUUGCUAAAGAGACUCGGGUCGUUGGAGGACGUGGUUUACAGACAGCUUAAUGGUCUGUCCAAGUCCCUGGGGCUGAUUGAGGGUUUUGGGGGGCGAGGUAAAGGGGGUUUCCCCGCCACCCUAGCCUCAAAAGAAGAGGCUGAUGCCAAAGUACUGAGGGAGAAAUAUGGAUACAAUGCUUACCUCAGCCAAAAGAUAUCACUGGACCGGUCCAUACCAGACUUCCGGCCUAGCAAGUGUAAAAAGGCCAGCUUCCCCAGGGAUCUUCCAAACAUCUCCCUUAUCUUCAUCUUUGUCAAUGAGGCGUUGUCAGUAAUCCUCCGCUCCGUCCACUCAGCUGUCAAUCACACACCGGCUCACCUCCUCAAAGAGAUCAUCUUGGUGGACGACUACAGCGAUGACGAACAACUGAAAGGGCCGUUGGAGGAUUAUGUAAACAAGCGUUACCCAGGUAUGGUGAAAAUCGUGAGGAACCAGAAGCGAGAGGGACUGAUCCGUGCCCGCAUCGAGGGCUGGAAGGCAGCCAGUAGCGAGGUGACGGGUUUCUUCGAUGCCCACGUUGAGUUCACACCCUCCUGGGCUGAGCCGGUUCUGACCAGAAUCAAAGAGGACCACAAGAGGAUCAUCCUGCCCUCCAUCGAUAACAUCAAGCACGAGACUUUUGAGCUGGAGCGCUACGAGAACUCUGGCCAUGGCUACAAUUGGGAGCUGUGGUGCAUGUACAUCAACCCCCCCAAACAGUGGUGGGAUGACGGGGACACCUCCGCACCCAUUAGAACUCCUGCAAUGAUUGGUUGCUCCUUUGUGGUGAACCGGGAGUACUUUGGGCACCUGGGGCUGCUGGACUCUGGCAUGGACGUCUACGGAGGAGAGAACAUCGAACUGGGGAUCAAGGUGUGGCUGUGUGGGGGCAGUAUGGAGGUGCUGCCCUGCUCCAGAGUGGCUCACAUCGCCAGGAUGAAGAAGCCCUACCACAGCAACAUAGCCUCCAGCACGCGGCGUAAUGCCCUGCGCGUGGCCGAGGUCUGGAUGGACCAGUUUAAGUCCCAAGUCUACCUGGCCUGGAACAUUCCAAUGGAGAACCAUGGGAUAGACUAUGGGGACAUUUCUCAGAGGGUAGCCUUGAGGAAGUCUCUGCAUUGUAAGAACUUUGAGUGGUACCUGGACAACGUCUAUCCAGAGAUGAGGAGGUACAACAACACUCUCUUUUAUGGGGAGAUUCGUAGUAGCAAAGCGACCCAUCUGUGUAUGGACCAGGGAGAGAAGGUAAACCACACGGCCACCCUGCACCCCUGUCACGGAAUGGGACCUCAGUUGGGUCGGUACACCAAGGAGGGCCAUUUUUUCCUCGGCGCUCUGGGCAGUACAGGGGACGAAACACACUGUCUGAUGGACGACCAGGUCUCCAAUUUCCCUCAGCUCCUCAACUGUGACAAAGUCUCCAACACCAGGCUGACCACAUGGCACUUCUCUCAGAACGAGUCAAUCAUCAACAGAGCCACGGGCCGCUGUCUGGAGGUGAUACAGGCGAACGCUUACUUCGGACACUCGCUGGUGCUUCAGACCUGCUCCGGACAGAAGUGGAACAUCAAAAACACAAUGAAGCAGUAGCCACAGCAUGAUGCAGAAUUC